CCGUCAUUUAAACCUCCCUAGAAAACAGCAUCGAAAAUGAGAGAAAACCAGUAGACACAGUCAUACCCACCCAACCAUUAAAGAUGAUGAGAGAAUCAAAACAGCCAGAUAUGGAAGAUCUUGAAGAAGAAGAAGAUAGGAUGAUGCAACAACUGAGGUCCAAAGCCACAGAACUUCUUCUCAGAAAAGAAUGGAACGAGUCCGUACAAGCCUAUUCUCUCUUCAUCUCACUCUGCCAUAACCAAAUCUCAAACACCCACAACCACUCUGACCCAGAUCACCUCUCCAAGCUCCACAAAUCCCUCUGUUUGGCUCUCUCCAACCGAGCCGAAGCGCUGUCUCGCUUGCGACAUUUCACUGAUGCUUUGGGAGAUUGUUACCAAGCUUUGAAAAUUGACAGUGCUCAUUUCAAGACCCUGCUUUGCAAAGGUAAGAUCUUGCUCAAUCUCAAUAGGUACAGUGCUGCUUUGGACUGCUUCAAAUCAGCUCUUCUUGAUCCCCAGGCCAGUCUUAACUCUGAAACCAUUAAUGGGUACUUGGACAAAUGCAAGAAACUCGAGUUCUUGUCUAGAACUGGAGCUUUCGAUCUCUCUGAUUGGAUCGUAAAUGGGUUUCGUGGAAAGCCUCCGGAACUCGCAGAGUACAUUGGUACUGUGGAGAUCAAGAGGUCUGAGAUGGGUGGGCGUGGCCUAUUUGCAACAAAGAACAUUGAUGCUGGUACUUUGUUGUUUGUCACCAAGGCAAUUGCCACUGAGAGGGGUAUAUUGCCCCAAUCAAACAGUGAAGAAUUGGGAAAAAAUGCACAAUUAGUUAUGUGGAAGAAUUUUAUUGAUAAGGUUGUUGAAUCAGCCACAAAAUGCCACAAAACCCAUCAUUUGAUUUGUAGGUUGUCCACUGGUGAAGACGAAGAUGGCCUUGAAGUGCCUGAUUUAAGUCUAUUUAGGCCUGAAACAGAGGAGAGUAGCUUUUCAAAUGAGAAGCUUGAUAUGGGUAAGAUAUUAAGCAUAUUGGAUGUGAAUUCUCUUGUUGAAGAUGCGAUUUCAGCAAAAGUAUUGGGUAAAAACAGUGAUUACUAUGGAGUUGGGAUAUGGGUACUUGCCGCUUUCAUCAACCAUUCUUGUUAUCCUAACGCGAGGCGCGUGCACGUUGGUGAUUAUGUGAUGGUUCACGCUUCUAGAGAUAUUAAGGCAGGUGAAGAGGUCACAUUUGCAUAUUUCGAUGUGCUUUCGCCUUUGAGAAAUCGCAGAGAAAUGGCAAAGACUUGGUGUUUUAGUUGCAAUUGUAAAAGGUGCAAAUUUGAGGAGGGUAUAUGUGGAAAACAGGAGAUGAUAGAGAUUGAGAUGGGUCUUGAUAGGGGACUAGAAGUGGGUGGCAUAGUUUACAGGUUGGAGGAAGGUAUGAGGAGAUGGAUGGUGAGGGGAAAUGAAAAAGGUUUUUUGAGGGCAUCUUUUUGGGCAGUUUAUUCUGAAGCAUUUGGAUGUGAGAAGUCAAUGAGGAGGUGGGGGAGGCGGAUUCCGGCUAUGGAGGCGGUGGUGGAUAGUGUUGUGGAAGCGGUGGGAAGCGAUGAGAGGGUUUUAAAGGCCUUGAUGGAAGGAUUGAAGAGAAGUGGUGGAGGUGGUAUUGGGAUGGUUGAGAUGGAGAGAGCAAUGAAGAAACUAGGAAGAGGAGUCUAUGGGAAGGUAGUGAAGAAACAAGCAAUGAGGACUCUUCUUGAACUUUGCAUUCAAGAACAGAAGCACUAUUAGUUCCUUACUAAUAGCUGCUUGUAGUUCCUUACUAUUUUUUCAGUGUUCGGCACAAUUAGUUCAAGUUUCUUUGACCAGUAAACAUUGCUGAAGCAGAAGUCAAAAAUUAGUCUGAUAUUUUAUAAUAAUGAUUUACUUGUCAUCUUUUUUUA